GCACCACGGGAAGGGCAAGGGAUGGCGAAGGAGCCCGGCGGAGGACCUCGAGCGGUGGCUCGUUCGCGCUCUCCGCCACGGCGAUUUCGAGCGCGGAGGGUACCUGAGCAUUGAGAGGCUCAAGCAGACCUUCGAGUGCUCGGAGGAGCUCCGGCGAGCCGCGACCCGGCUCGACCAGAACGCCCGGAAGACCCGGAUCGACUACAGCCGACCGGGGCUACAGCCUGGCGGCGGCCCGGGAGGGCGCCUCGCGAACCACUUUGUUGUCGGCCCCAUGCCGACGCAGUGGUCCGAGGCCCGGAACUUCAGGCCGUGGAGGCUACGGCGGCUGCCAUGGACACGUCCGCGGCUGCAGCCGGCAGCGCGGAUGUGGGCGCUGGGCGCGGGGGGCGCUGAUGCAGACACCGAGGAGUCCAGCUCGGACAGUGAUCUGCCGGACACGACGGCCCCUGCAGCUGCGCCUAAGGCUGAGGCACCGGAAGGAGCUGCGGCAGCGGCUUCUAAGGAGCGCGCCGCAGCCGACGUUGACAUGGGCGAUGAGAUGACUGAG